GGCAGCACAGAAUCCCCCGGGGGGCUUCAGGUGAGAGCAGAAUUUGAAAGCUUCAGAAUGCUGGAUCUGAAUUCUCAAGCGUGAGGCUCAAGAGGUUCUGGGGUUUCGUGCCCCUGGAUUGUUGCGGCCCUUCUAUGCAACAACACACGAGUGGGGUGGGUUCAGUGGUGGGUUGCUCCUGGUUCGCACCGGUUCACAAGAACCGGUAGUAAAAAUUUGUAGUAGUUUGGAGAACCAGUAAUAACAUUGGCUGGCCACGCCCCCAAACCAGUCCCCGACCCGGUCGCCGGUCGCUUACGCCACCCACCUCAUCAGAGGCUUUUUUUUUUAAACAACAAUACAUGCCAAGGCGAUAUAAGAACCCACAACCCAUGAAAAUAGCCUGGUCCAAGGAAAUAGCAAGUGAGGCACCACCUGGCAUGCAGCCUCCUAACAGUCAAGCGGGCACAUGUCACCCACCGAAGGAAGCAGCUGCCCUUCUCCUGAGCUCCACAAGAGCCCUCCUCAUCCUGGAUGAUGGGUGCCAAGGGACAUCAACUUCAAAACAGGCAGCCGGUGCCACCUUAGGUGCCUAGAGCUGGCAGAGGAGUGCCACCUGCAACCCUGUCACUGCAGGUAGGAGCUGUCUCGUGAGCAUCCUGAUGGAGGAUGGCAGCCCCUACGUGGCUGCUCCAAGGGGAGGAGAAGCUUCUAGGCAGCCGGGCGUUUGUCUUCUUCUGAGCAGAGGCUUCUUGAGUGCCGGGAAGCAAAAGUGAAAAAUGUGGAGGAUGAGGCAGAGCAGAAUAUUUGCAGCUGAGCGGGAUUGUCCUUGCUCUGGCCUCUUAGGUGACCUUCAAGGGAGGAAGGUCCCCUAAGGUCUCCCUCAAGUUCCCUGGGCUCUCUUGGUGGGGGCCACUCCCAUGGGUGAGGGGAAUGUUCUCUGACUCAACUGGACAGAUGUGACUGAAGGUUCUACGGGCUGCUUCCAUCAUCAGAAGCGCCUGGCAACCUCGGAACGCAAAGUCUGUUUAAGAACCUGCUUUACUGGGCACUCUCCAACCCUUAGAGAUGGAUGCUACCAGCAAGCCCCACCAGAUCCCCCCCGAGAUGGGGAUCUAUGCUGAAAAGCACAAUAUUUUCCAGGUCAUGCAGGGCCUGGUGGAAGCUCUCCUCGUGUCCCGGCCGGCCAACCCCAUUGACUUCAUGAUAGAACAUCUCAAGAAGAACAAUGAGGAGGUGCCCAAGGUCUUCAUUGUGGGGCCCCCGGCUUCUGGGAAGACCACCAUCGCCCGCUGGAUUUGUAAGCACCUCAGUGCAACGUAUCUUUGCCCCAAGGAGCUCGUGUGUAGCAAGCUGCUGAAGAGGGCCAGGGAGGCCGCGGCGUACCAAGCACGUGGGGAGAAGAUCCCCGAUGAGCUAUGGGUUCAUCUUCUGCAGGAACGCAUGAGUGAUGUGGACUGUGAGACCUUGGGGUGGGUGGUGGAUGGCUUCCCCCAGACCAGGAAGCAGGCCCUGGAGCUCCAGACCCUGGGUGUCCUCCCCCGGCACCUCGUGGUCCUUUACGCCCCAGACACCGUGCUAAUCGAGAGGAACCUGGGGAAGCGUGUGGACCCCUUCACCCAGGAGGUCUACCACACCACCUUUGACUGGCCAGUCGACUUCACCGUACAGAAGCGCUUGGUGAAGCCGGAAGACACCUCAGAGCAAGCCACUGCUCGGCGGCUUCUGGAGAACCACCGCAACAUGCCUGGCAUCAUCCAGACCUACCAGGAUUGCCACAAGGCUAUCAAUGCCGACCAGCCCUGUGUUGACGUCUUUGCCCAAGCACUAAAUUUUGUACAGAGCCGUCCACGCUCCAACGCCCCCUUCACUCCCCGCAUUUUGCUCCUGGGGCCCCCGGGCAGCGGCAAAAGCCUGCAGGCAGCUCUGCUCUCCCAGAAAUACGGGGUGGUCAACAUUGCCUUCGGGGACCUCCUGCGGGAGAAAAUGGCCGGGAACAUGGGCGUGGGCGAAUUCAUCAAGCCCUUUUUUGAAAGGGGGUACCCCGUGAACGACAACAUCGCUUUGCACGUCCUCCAGGAGCGGCUGGAACAGGCCGACUGCCGCAGCUACGGCUGGGUGCUCCACGGCUUCCCUCGAGAUGUGGACCAGGCGCUGCUCUUCCAGCAGAUUGGCGUCGAGCCCAACCGAGUCUUCUUCCUCAACCUGCCCACCGAGGUGGGGCUGCAGCGCCUCUGCCAGCGUGCCACCGACCCUGUCACCGGGGAGAGAUACCACACCAUCUACAAGCCACCUGUGGAGGAGGAAGUCCACCAGCGCCUGCGCCGCCACCCCAAGGACAACCCCCUCCAGGUGGAGCGGAAGACGGACAUCUACAGCCACCAGCUGCCCGACCUGGAGGAGCACUACGAGGACUCCAUCUGCCUCAACGCCGACCAGGACCCUUACACCGUCUUCGAGUACAUCGAGAGCUGCCUGGUCAAGCCCUUGCCCCUCUGCAAGCUGUAAGGGCUGAGAGGUGCCCCCCCCAUGGCUUUGCCAGCACCGCCCUGGCAGCAAGCAGCAUGGCCGGUGCGGGGAGGAUAGUGUGUUUAGCGCUAAUGAGAGAAUAAAAAUAUUUUGCUUUCA